UGAACCAAAACCUGUUUAUAAUCAAGAUUUAUUUUUAUUGGCAUUAGAUAAUAAUAAUAUUAGCAAUUGCUAUAAUGAUAAUAAUAUUGAUAACUAUAAUAAUAAUAAUAGCAAUAGCUAUAGCAAUAAUGAUAUAGAGAUGCUAGAUCUUGAUUCUGAUAGUAAUAUGGAAGAAUAUAGAAUUUCACAAGAAAAUAAUAGCAAUUCAGAGAGUUUUUCUAACUAUGAUAAGUCUUUAAGUAAUUUUGACUCUAAAUAUCAUUACUUUUAUGACUCUCAGGAUG